GAUAAAGCCUAAUGUCUACCUGAUAGGACUGCAACAAUGGGGCUGCGCAAACGUUCAGUGACCUUGUUAUUGCGUACCGGUAUUUGGUAUAUUUAUUUGGACUAGUGUCGGUCAAUGACACACAGGUAUAGGUUAGUCGUGAAGGACACGCGUCGAGAUUCUGACUCGGAAGAACGUCCCCUGUGAACGUUUUGCAGAUCACGUGUUACAGUUCACAAUGAUCCGAAUUCUGCUAUCUUUGCUGAUUAUUGGCCUCGCUGGAAAAAUCGAGGCCGCAGACCACGUGUUGGACAUGACGUACCCCCUGGGGCCAAACACGACAUAUUGGCCGGGCACACCGAAAUUCCACUUCUCUAUAGACUUCAGGAACUUUUCGGCGACUACUGGAUGGUAUGAGGGGAACAGUUUCUGUGCUGCCACCAAUGGAGGAACCAGUUUGGAAGCCCCGUCUUUCCUGAUACAAGGGGGCACCACCGCCGAUAACAUUCCAGUUCACAAGCUGAUUGGUCCAGCCGUCAAAAUUGACAUAGCGUCAAAAGCAGCCACUGACCCGGAUGUGCAGCUGACGGUGGAAGAUAUUGAGAACUGGGAAAUCGCAAAUGGACGAGUUCCCGAUAAUUCCAUCCUAUUCGUCUACACAGGCUGGGGCCAGUAUGUCGACAACCGGACUGCUUUCUUUGGACACCCCAGCACAACAGAAUGGCUGGACCCUCAGGGGAGGUCUUUGCUACAUUUUCCUGGCAUUUCUCCCGCCGCAACGUCGUGGUUGGCCUCCAACCGAAAACUUUUGGGGAUAGGGAUAGACACUCCAUCUUUAGAUUACGGCCAGAGCGUCGACAAGGCUGCAAGUGUCGCCCUCUACAGUAAAGGCAUUUACGGACUGACCACCGUGGCAAAUCUUGACAAACUUCCCACCAAAGGGGCGACGGUACUGGCAUUUCCAGUCACCAUCCGGGGGAGUAGUGGUGGUCCCGUCAGGAUCGUGGCCUUGCUAAGGAAGACUCUGGAGGUGAAGGAGAGCGAUGUUAUUGACAUGACGUACGUGUACAGUGUUGAUACCACGUACUGGCCUGGGGCCGGCAGUUUUAACAUCACGUCCGUCGUUAAGGGUCCGUCUGGGAAUAUUACCUGGUUAGACAAAGGCUAUUUCUGUACUCCCGAACACGGCGGCAGCCAUUUUGACUUCCCAGCACACAUGUUUCGAGGUGGAUAUCGCUCUCACGAUGUUUCAGUCGAGAAAGUCAUCGGACCAGCGGUCAAGGUGGACAUUCAAGGUAAAGCCAAUCAAGAUCGUGACGCCCUCCUGUCUGUGGAUGACCUUGAGAAGUGGGAAACAGUUAAUGGGAAAAUUCCAGACAACGCCAUCGUGUUUGUUCAAACCGGAUGGGGGAGAUACUACGGAAACAGAACGGCGUAUCUUGGCUCAAGCGAUACUCAGGUAUGGACCGACUCCGCCGGAAAGUCUCAACUUCAUUUCCCUGGCAUCUCCGAGGAGGCUGCCAAUUGGCUGAAAGACAAUAGGAAGAUUUCCGGGGUGGGGAUAGAUACUGCGUCACUCGAUCGCGGGCAAACUGUGAACUUUGAAAGCCACGUGGCCUUCUUCAGUGUGAAUAUCUAUGGAGUGGAAAACGUUGGCUAUUUAGACAAAUUGCCGACGACUGGGACAACUGCGUACAUCUUGCCAAUGUACCUGUUUGAUGGAAGCGGUGGCCCUGCGCGGAUCGUCGCCAUUAAAGAAAAAGAGGGAAAGGAUACUAGUGGAGUUUCCGUCACUAGUUCAUCUAGUUUCGUUUUGAUAAUUACGAUUUCCCUUCAUUGUCUUGCUGACUUCUUUUAAACUGCAAGAAUGUGAAGUAUCCUGGAUUGAAACGUGUGGUAAUGUAGUAAGUCUAGGUUUUUCUACGGUUUCUAAAACAGGUGCGUGUACAUGAAAAAUUAAGACUGACUUAUUUAAGAUGGACAACUUUAUUUUCCUUAUAUAUCUGGUAAAUCUUGCAUUGGACUCAUACAUACAUAGUGUAAACUGAACAUUUUUUCUCAA